GAAAAGGUCAUCGCUCUCCCGUUCAGUCGCUCUCAAUCUUUCAUUUUGCUUUCGCCAUCCUCUGCUCCCUAGCCUUUGACCCAAAAUUCUCCCCUCACAUUUAAGUCACUGAACACGACACCUCCGAAUAAUUUAACAUAAAUUUCCCAAUAAUUCAUGAACAAAGAUGGCGACCCGCGCUAGAGCAAAUUUGUCUGCCCCAGACAGCCUCGAGCCUCCAGUUCGGAGAGGUAUUCUAAAAGGGUAGAGAACUUUAAAUGUGAAAUCCGAAAGAUGAAGAGGAGUCAACCAAAGCCAGCGCCUUUGUCUUCAACCUGGUCAGCAGUCUAACGUGGAAAGAAAGAGUAAAUUUUUCUUGCCAAUGCUUCAUUACUAUCAUGCAUUAGCACUCAGCUAACUACUACACUCUCUCUCUCUCUCUCUCUCUCUCUCACACCCCACUCCUACUCUCCGCCACUACCCACCAAUGCGCCGCCAUCUCCUCCUCCUCCUCCUUACGGCGGCGGCGACCACCCUCCUCCUCCUCUUCCACCCUACAGCGUCGUCUCCCUCCUCCGACUAUUCUUUCUCCAACUGCAACCGGACCUUCAGCUGCGGCCCCCUCGUGAACGUCUCCUACCCCUUCACCGGCGGCGACCGCCCCGCCCACUGCGGCCUGCCCGAGUUCCGCCUCAGCUGCGUCGGUGGCUCCCCCGAGCUAACCGCGAACUCCCUCACUUACCGCGUCCUCGCACUCGACCAGGCUCGCCGAUCGCUCACUCUCUCAAGAACCGAUCUUUACAACAACACCUGCUUGCAGCAAUACGCCAACGCCACUCUCAACUCUACCAUCUUCGCCUUUGCUAGCGACGACCAAGUCCUUAACUUGUUUUAUGGGUGUUCGACGCUGAUGACCCUCAAGCCCGGGAAUCUGUUCAAUUGCGAGAUCAAUGGGAACCAGACGGACAACUAUUACUUGAUCGGUGCCGUCCCCACUGAUCCGAUUCUUAACGUGAGCAAGUGUAAUGUGGGUGUCACGGUCCCAAUUCUGCAGUCCGCGGUGAACAUGCUCACCGCGGACCGGUCGAAGCUCAGAGAGGCUCUGAUGGAGGGUUUUGAGGUGAAUUACACCAAUCCGUACGAGGAUCAGUGUCUGAUCUGUGGUGGGACUGGUGAGAAGUGUGGGUUUGACUCUGAUCUGGGAAGGCCUAUUUGUAUUUGUGGCGAUCAUAUUUGUUCCACAACCACCGUAGGGAACGGUAACAAAGUGACACUUCCAAUAGGCCUUUCACUGGCAGGAGCCGGUAUCACAGGACUCUUGGUAGGAUUCUGUAUUUUCUCCUAUAGACAGAAGAAGAAUAGAAAGAGAGCCGCUGCAGAAGCUCAAAGCAAGAGCAUGACUCCACCUCCUUCAAGCAAAGGGCUUCUUCCCAUGUCAUCGACUAGUUUCUCUAGAACCACUCCUUCUUAUCCAACUUCCAAAUCCGACCUUGAAAGGGGAAGCACCUAUUUUGGAGUUCAGGUCUUCAGUUAUGCCGAACUUGAAGAGGCAACUCAACAGUUCGAUCCUUCCAGAGAACUCGGAGAAGGCGGCUUUGGAACUGUUUAUUAUGGUCGGCUCCAGGAUGGACGUGAAGUGGCAGUUAAACGCCUGUUUGAAAACAACUUGAAAAGAGUCGAGCAGUUCAUGAACGAAGUUGAAAUCCUGACUCGCCUGCGGCACCAGAGCCUUGUGACGCUCUUUGGAUGCACCUCUAGACGAAGCCGAGAGCUCCUCUUAGUCUAUGAGUACAUUCCAAAUGGCACUGUGGCUGAUCAUCUUUUCGGAAAGAGAGCUGACGUGAGUCCGGUUCCCUGGCGCAUCCGGUUGAAUAUCGCCAUAGAAAGUGCUGAUGCUCUCGCUUACCUUCAUGUGUCAGAUGUUGUACACCGCGAUGUGAAGACAAACAAUAUCCUCCUAGACCACAGUUACCGCGUCAAAGUGGCAGAUUUUGGUCUGUCGCGAUUGUUCCCGAAUGAUGUCACCCAUGUGUCCACUGCCCCUCAGGGAACUCCAGGCUAUGUGGACCCCGAGUACUAUCAGUGCUACCAGCUCACGGAGAAGAGUGACGUGUAUAGCUUCGGUGUUGUUCUUUGCGAGCUUAUCUCAUCAAAACCAGCAGUCGACACAAACAGGCACCGCCACGACAUAAACUUGGCAAGUAUGGCCAUCAACAAGAUCCAAAACCAUACAUUGCACGAAUUGGUUGAUCCUGCUCUUGGGUACGACACGGACUACUCCGUUAAGAGGAUGACUACGCUAGUCGCUGAGCUGGCCUUCCGAUGCUUGCAGCAGGAGAGAGACAUGAGGCCUACUAUGGAAGAGGUGCUAAAGGCUUUGAAGGAGAUCGAGCAAGAGGAGAUCAGUCUGCAGAAUGCAGAGGUGGUGGAUAUCCGGACUGACGACACUGGGCUUGUGAAGAACAUCACUCCGCCAUUUUCGCCGGAUUCCUUGGUGACUGAUAAAUGGGCCAGCGACUCAGCAAUUCCUAAUUCCUUCUAGUUGAAGCCUCUCAGAUACCUUUGCUGUACAAUUAGCUGAGUUUUGCUGUAGCAGUGGGGAAAGUAAAUGGCUCUCAUUAUCCAGAUGCAUGUUGAGUGUUCAUUGUCUUCUUUCUGUUUUCUCAAGUAUGAUAUUUUGGUGGUCCUUGAUGAUCUAGCUGGGGGAGACUUCAGAGUCGCCAGCUGCUAAGGGCAGUGUACAUAUGAAGUGGAGAUAUCGGAAGAUUAUUUAUAGAUGAA